AUGCAAGAUUAAUUUGUAAACCCGAUCUAUUUGUCAGCUCAUCAAUUAGCAGAUCUCUUUAAUAAUUCUUAAGCUGAGAUUAAAUUCGGAAAUGAAUCCAAAAUUGUCUCCUCAAUCAAUCUUGAUUCUCCACCUGAACAAACCCAUGAAUUUAGCUUCUCUGAAUUUCAAUAAAUCAAUUCCAACCCCUCUAUUCCUGAUAUUGAAACCGCGAAUUGCAUAGUCACCAAAGAGCAGUAUAUGCAAAUCCUCUCCCAAAUUGAAUUGAAUGAAAAACUCAAAUCAUAAUAUCAUCAAUUGUUUAAGGAGAAUCAGGAACAAUUGCAAAUACGAAAAUAAUUCGAAAAUAAAAAUGCAGAUAUUCUAGAUUCCAAUUUUCAAAUCAAAAGGGAAAUCUAAGAAAUUAAAUAAAAAUUAUUUAUUACCCAAAGUGCCAUAAAAUUGCGUAAAGAUAAAUAGAUAAUUGAACUCAAAAAUCAACUGAAAGAAUUGCAACAUAAACAAUCUGAAAAGAGAGACACUCUUCAAUCGAUAACAUUUACUGAAAACAGCACUGUCGAAUCCGAAAAAUCUAAUUCAUAGUAUUGUAAUACAAGUAGAUUGGUUAGAGUGGAUUAAAGUUCCUCGCAUCAUUAAUCAAUCAAGCAUAAUCAAUGUAGAAACAAUUCAUUAAUUAAAUUAUUCAAGAACUGA